AAAGACAAGUCCAGCAAGUGAAGUCUAUUUGUAGUGAAGUGAAGUGCUCUGUUUAAUUAAUAUUUGCAACAUGUUGUCCAUGCACGAGUUGAUGGAUAUGCAAAUGCAACAGCAGUUGGCCCAUGAGAUAUACCGUCAGCAGAUCAUGCAACGCAUUCCAGAUCCCUUUCCGGCGAUGUUGCCCCUGCACAUGGCACAGCCGCAGCAAAUUAUGAUGCCCAGACGGCCGACGCUGCCGGGCGUGGAGGCCAAGUUGGAGAACAACGAAUUGUGGCAGCAGUUCCAUCAGAUCGGCACCGAAAUGAUCAUCACCAAGAGCGGCAGGGCACCGCAGCAGGCAUUCGUGUUUCCGGAAACGGAGUUUGUCGCCGUAACGGCCUAUCAGAACGAUCGUAUUACCAAGCUGAAGAUCGACAACAAUCCAUUUGCCAAGGGCUUCCGCGAGUCCGGCCAGUCGCGCUGCAAACGCAAGCUGAACAGCAGCGCCAACUCCAGUGCUGACUCCGAAGAUGACGUCUCAAGCGUGAGCAGCUGUGAUUCGCCCCAAGCCAAGCGUCAGCGCACGGACUUCGAAGUGGAUUCGCAGCGUWGCUUGUCACCGGGGUACUAUCCGGCUGCAGCUGGGCCACCAUGCCUAAGUCCACCCUUGCAUCCGUAUCGACAAGCCGUUGGUUAUKCACCGGCCGCAGCCUUUCUACCAGCGGCMUAUUUUGCUGCAGCGCCGCCGCCAAUGACAACGCCGCCAGCACCUGCGAUGGCUCCUGCAGCAACUUCACCAGCAACGGCAGCUGCUACUUCCAGUGCAUCCACGGCAUCUCCAGCAGCUAACACUCCGACCAGUUCGCCGCGAGCAACAACUUCCACGAAGCGCAAUAGCUUCAGUAUUUCGGCUAUUCUGGCUUAUUAGAUGCAGAUGCGAUGGUGUCGCCCCCAUUUAAGCUUUAGUUGUGAUUACAGUGUGCAGUAUAUGAGCCUUAAGUUGUAAUAUGUUAAUUAGUUUUAAGCGCAGCUAACAAAUAAAACAAAAUUUCAAUA